CGUCGAAUUUUACCCAGUCGCGAAUAGCUCUGGCAACUCAACGUGUCGAUUCUUUUACCUUUGGUUGGAAUCAACAGAUUGGGUGAUCGAGGAAAGGAUUCUUGCUUUCUUUUUCUUCCAGGAAUUCGCUGGGAUUACUCUUAUGUUUCUUCUCUAUAUGCUGUGAACCAUAGAAGCAAACUAAACUAUUUUACUCCUUUUCCUCUUAAAAAAGAAGAAGAAAUUGAAUCCACAUUGUAUUUUUGGUUAGUUGCGCAAUUGUUCAGGCGAAGGCGUUUUCUUAAUGGAAGCGAAGGAGAACGGUGAAAAAAUCAGCUGCGAGUAUAAAUUGAGGGAAAAUCCUUUGAGGAGGAAAGAGAAGGUUUUUGUGGGUUGUGGGGCGGGUUUUGGUGGAGAUAGACCGCAGGCAGCACUCAAAUUGCUCCGAACUGUUAAAGAACUUGAUUAUCUUGUGCUUGAAUGUUUGGCUGAAAGAACACUUGCCGAGCGAUAUCAACUUAUGAUGUCUGGAGGAAAAGGUUACGACACUCGAAUUAAAUUUGUCAGAAACAUCGCAAGCUUAUGUUCCACGUCAAAGAUAAAACUAUCGGAUUGGAUGUCAAUGCUUCUACCUUUGGCUGUAGAAAGAGGAACUUGUAUAAUAACUAACAUGGGUGCAGUGGAUCCUCUUGGCGCACAACAAGUGGUGCUUGACCUUACAACAAAACUUGGAUUUGAUAUAACUAUUGCAGCUGUUUAUGAAAUUUUUAAGGAGACAUCAGGGCAGGCUAUGAGAGAUGAAUUGGAAAAAUUAUACUUUAAUGACAAAUCGUUUUUACAUGUGAAAGGCGUAAGCACUUACAUGGGAGCCGCUCCAAUAGUUGAAUGUCUUGAGAGGUACAAGCCCCAUGUUGUCAUUACUUCGAGGGUUGCUGAUGCUGCACUAUUCUUAGCUCCAAUGGUCUAUGAACUAGGAUGGAAUUGGAACGAUUUCAGUGAGCUAGCACAAGGGGCUCUGGCUGGCCAUCUUCUUGAGUGUGGUUGUCAACUCACAGGUGGAUAUUUUAUGCAUCCAGCAGGAGACAAGAAUCGAGAAUUUUCUAUUGAACAGAUCUUGAAUUUGUCACUUCCAUAUGCUGAAAUUGGUUAUAAAGGAGAAGUAUGCUUAGCCAAAGCAGAAGGAAGUGGUGGUCUUCUCAACAGUAGCACAUGUGCUGAACAGCUCCUUUAUGAAGUUAGAGAUCCUAGCUCCUACAUUACUCCUGAUGUGGUUAUAGACCUGAGAAAUGUAUGCUUCAGCUCGUUGUCAAAUGAUAAAGUUCUUUGCUGUGGGGCAAAGCCUUCAAGCAUUCCUUUUCCUGAUAAGCUUCUGCAAUUGGUUCCAAAUGAUUGUGGAUGGAAAGGAUGGGGAGAGAUAUCUUAUGGAGGAUUUGGAUGCAUUAGACGUGCUGAGGUUGCAGAGUUUUUGGUGAGAUCAUGGGUGGAGGAAGCAUAUCCUGGAAUUAGUGAUAGUAUAAUAUCUUAUAUUAUCGGACAUGACAGCCUGAAGGCAACUAGAGCUAGUCAGAGUGUUUCAUUUGUGGAACCGGUGGAUGUUAGGCUUCGCAUGGAUGGCUUGUUCAAUUUGAAGGAGCAUGCAAUGUGCUUAGUUCAAGAGUUUACAGCUCUGUAUACUAAUGGGCCAGCCGCUGGUGGUGGUAUUUGCACUGGACACAAGAGGGAAAUCAUUCUUCAUAAGAAACUGGUUGAGCGGGAAAGUAUUUUCUGGAGAACUGAGAUAAAGAAAUCAGAGUCCAAGCAGCCAUCCAAAAAGGAUGAUCUGCAUGAUCAUCCGGAUCGUAUGAACACUACAAGAGAAGAAAAUGAAGUUUUGCUUCCCUCGAACAACUCAAUCACUGAUCCAAUGUCCUCUGCACCAGCUCAACCCAACAAGAAAAUCCCUCUGUAUAAACUCGCCCAUAGCAGGGCCGGUGACAAAGGAAAUGACUUGAACUUCUCAAUCAUCCCUCACCUUCCCAAUGAUAUCGACAAGCUCAAACAGUUAUUAACUGCAGAUUGGGUCAAGCAUGUGGUUUCAUCCCUCCUCGACAUUUCAUCCUUUCCCAACAGCAAAGCAAUUGAGCAGAGGAACAAGCAGAUGGAACAGGUAAACGUAGAAAUUUAUGAAGUCCCUGGUAUCCAUUCUCUCAAUAUUGUAGUGCGGAAUAUACUUGAUGGAGGUGUGAACUGUUCGCGAAGGAUAGACCGGCAUGGGAAGACCAUUUCCGAUCUCAUAUUGUGUCAGGAAGUCAACUGGCCUCCAUUGACAUCUGAAGAUGUAUAAUGACUCAAGGUUUGACCGUCUGGAAUCCAUCAAAUUGCGAAUGGUUGUUUAAAUAACUAUUAAGCAAACUUUCAUGUUGUCUAAAAUUUGUGAAAUUGUAAUGUCAAUGGAAAUUUGACCCGGAUUCGAUAUGGAUUUGGGUUUACUUGAAGCAAUUAGUGUUCAAGGUACAAGGUCUUGAAAUUUGAAUCAAAGGCAUUUGAGUUUGAUUUA